AUGGUAGAGCGCUUUCACCGCCAGCUGAAGGCUGCGCUCACGGCAACCGAGGAACACAACUGGGUGGAGGCCCUCCCACUCGUUCUUUUGGGUAUAAGGUCCACCUUGAAAGAGGACAUUGGCUGCAGCGCCGCUGAGCUGGUCUACGGCACGACACUCAGGCUGCCGGGAGAGUUCUUUGCGCGCGGCUCAGAGGAGGCAUCCAUAGUUUGUAGCGACUAUGCACUUCGCCUACGCAACGUCAUGAGCAAACUGCGCGCGGUACCUCCACGGCCCCCAGGGUCGCGUGUGGUGCACGUCGACCCACAGCUUACAUCGUGCCCAUAUGUGUUUGUACGACACGACGCGGUUCGGCGACCUCUUCAGCCACCCUAUGAUGGGCCGUUUCAAGUCCUCCGCCGUGGCAACAAACAGUUCACAAUCAAGAGAAGCGGCCGUGAAGAGGUGGUGUCGUUGGACCGCAUCAAGCCAGCACACAUGGACCGUGACGACGCCGUGUUGCCUCCACUAAGGGAAUCACCACCAGAACCCCCAGCUUCAAUGCCAGCCCAAGUCCACGAGGUGCCCUCCCGGCUGACUCGCCUGGACUUUUAA